AUGGUCUUGGCUUUCCAGUUGAUCUCCUUCACCUACAUCUGGAUCACAUUAAUGCCAUAUGCUUUUGCUGUUUCUGAUAUCAAGAAGCACCCCCAGCGUUGCUCCUCUUCAAUGAAGCAAACCCGCAAACAAGAAACUAGAAUGAAGAAAGAUGACAGUACCAAAGUGUGGCCCCUGAAGUAUCAGCAACUUCUCCAUAUAGAGGGCCAUGACUUUUCAUUGAGACCAGGAUUUGGAGGGUCACCAGUCCCAGUAGGUAUAGAUGUCCAGGUUGAAAGCAUUGACAGCAUUUCAGAGGUUGACAUGGAUUUUACAAUGACUUUUUACCUCAGGCAUUACUGGAAAGAUGAAAGGCUCUCCUUUCCUAGCACAACAAACAAAAGUAUGACCUUUGAUCAUAGAUUAAUUGAAAAGAUUUGGGUUCCAGAUAUCUUUUUUGUCCAUUCUAAAAGAUCCUUCAUCCAUGAUACAACUAUGGGGAACAUCAUGCUGCGAGUCCAUCCUGACGGAAACGUCCUCUUCAGUCUCAGGAUAACAGUUUCAGCCAUGUGCUUUAUGGAUUUCAGCAGGUUUCCUCUUGACACUCAAAAUUGCUCCCUUGAACUGGAAAGCUAUGCUUACAAUGAAGAUGAUCUAAUGCUAUACUGGAAACAUGGAAACAAAUCCUUAAAUACUGAAGAGCACAUUUCCCUUUCUCAGUUCUUCAUUGAGGAAUUCAGUGCUUCCAGUGGAUUAGCUUUCUAUAGCAGCACAGGUUGGUACUAUAGGCUUUUCAUCAACUUUGUGCUACGAAGGCAUAUCUUCUUCUUUGUGCUGCAAACCUACUUUCCAGCUAUGUUGAUGGUGAUGCUCUCUUGGGUUUCAUUCUGGAUUGACCGAAGAGCUGUUCCUGCCAGAGUGUCUCUGGGAAUCACCACAGUGCUGACCAUGUCCACAAUCAUCACUGGCGUGAGUGCCUCCAUGCCCCAGGUGUCCUACGUCAAGGCCGUGGACAUAUACUUGUGGGUCAGCUCCCUCUUUGUGUUUCUGUCAGUCAUUGAGUACGCAGCCGUGAAUUAUCUCACCACAGUGGAAGAGCAGGAGCGAUGCAAGAAGAAAGGGAAGAUUUCUGGAAUGUACAACAUUGAUGCAGUGCAAGCCAUGGCCUUUGAUGGCUGUUACCAUGACAGUGAAACUGACAUGGACCAGACUUCCUUUUCUCUCCACUCUGAAGAGGACUCUACAAGAGGAAGAGCCACAGGCAGCCCCAGCACAGACUCAUCUGAGAUAAAGAGGAGGAGAUCCUUCGGAGGAAAUAUUGGUAGAAUCAUCCUGGAAAACAACCAUUCCAUUGAUACCUAUUCUAGAAUUUUAUUUCCCAUUGUGUACAUAAUCUUUAACUUGUUUUAUUGGGGUAUAUAUGUAUGA